AUGAACUCAUGAUGUAAUAAGUGGUUGGAUUUCAUCAUGGCGUUUUUAACAUUAAUUUUAGUAGAUUGUUAUUGAUAUAUUCCCAGAAUUUUUAGAUUUUAAAAGAGCUCAUUUGAUUUUUAUGCACGUGUUACUUGCUUUCUUUGUGAAAUAAAUUUGAAACAUUUGCAGAUAAAUUGUUUUAUUUAUGGUAACAAAUGCAACAUAGAAUUUUCUAAAAAUGACAGAAACUGAUACCCGCACAUCAACUUCAGAGAAUGAGUUUUCAAAUUUUUCUGAGGGUGAUAAUUUGAAUUUGAAUGAAAUGACUGGGUUUUAUGACCUCUUCACAAAUUGUGAAAAUGAAUUACUGAAAAACGAAAAUCUGUUCAGCGAUGAAGCCUUGCUUACGGAGAUUGAAGAGCCUGUGCAUAUGAUAGAAGAUUUCGACUUUUUGAAUGUCGAAAGCACGAGGAAUUUUGAUGAAUCAAAACCGUGUUCAUCGUCUGCAGCGCCAAAUGUUAUAAAACCAUCAUUAAAAGACAAGCCGCAACUUCCUGAAUCUUUUCCUGUUCAGUUGAAACAUCAACGGGUACCUGUAGCACAAACUUUAUUUAGUCCAAAUUACUCUGUUCAUCAUGGUAUUAAUCUGAGUGUUUCAACUCCUUUGGUUACGCUGGCACCUGUUCCAGCACAACAGGGCCAUGUGAUUUUUCCUUCUAACUUAAUAAAAUCAGAAUCUGUUCUUUAUUCUGGAGGGUCUCAGCCUGUUGUAUCCACUCCAGUAUCACAUCAGUUACAUACUCUUGUGAACACAACUAAUGGAACUAUACUUACUACAGGAAUUCCUGUUGUGUUGGAUACUGAUAAAGUGCAAAUAAAUCGCAUCAAUUCUGGGACAUCCUUAGGAACACCUCGAGUUAAAGAAUUCAAACGUAGUGCCCACAAUGCUAUCGAGCGUAGAUACCGUACUUCCAUAAAUGAUAAGAUUGUUGAAUUGAAAAAUAUCGUUGUUGGAGUUGAUGCAAAAUUAAAUAAGUCAGCAAUUCUAAGAAAAACAAUAGACUACAUUCGAUUCCUGCACAAUACAAAUGUAAAAUUGAGAAAUGAGAAUAUAUCUUUAAAAAUGGCUGUUGAACGUCAUGGAUUACGUGAUGUCCUCUCUUGCGGAGAGUUGACGCCCCCUCUAUCUGAUUCAAGUGAACCACCAUUAUCCCCAACAUCAGGGCCGAUGUCUCCACCUUCACCUGUUUCCAUUAAGGAUGAAAUAGAUUUAAUACAAAACUCUAAUGCUUCAUCAGCUUCCAUUAAACGAGGAAUUCCGGAACACACACGUAUCACUCUUUUUGCUGUAUUGUUCAUAUUCCUAGCAUUCAAUCCUUUUGGUAUUAUCUUGGAUAAGAUGGUUAAAGUAAAGUAUGAUUACUCAAAUCCAAGGUUAGAUGGACGAACUAUAUUGAACUAUCAAGGUAAGUCAACAGAAAAUGCGAGCACGGAGAACCGAAUAUGGAGACAUGUACUGCUGUGGCUUGCAAAUAUAGCGUUAUUAGCUGGUGGAUUGAGUCGAUUGCUGUUGUUUGGAGAUCCGAUAUUGCCUGCUGAUAACAAAUUAAUCUUUGAACUUAGAAGACGGAGACGACAAGCUGAAUUUAGCAUAUCCAAGCAGUACUACGAACAUGCCUGUCGUGAUUUAUACAAGUGUUUGCAAUGUUUUGGGCGUUCUUUACCUUCCUCUCGCAUAGAAAUUUAUCUCGCAACUUUAUGGCAUGGAAUAAGACAGAUAUUAAACCAAGUUUGGCCUUUUAAAUGGAUUUUAAUUGCCGGGAAAUGGUUUACUGCAAAAUCGGAACGUAAAUUAAUUGAAAUUUCGUCCAUGGAAUUAGCUGUUAUUUAUCAACAUAUACUUUGCUUAAGAUGUUCUGAAGGUUCAACUAAGAACAUUUUAUUCCUUGCUCUUUCUGCGGUCAAUUAUGCUGAAAAUGCAGGACAAGUUUUUUCAAAGACAAUGCUAGCAGAAGUGUAUAUCAAUGCUGCAUUAUGCUUCAAACAGUCGAUUUUUCCAUUUGUUCAUAAAUACUAUUUAGGGAAGGCAUGCAGUUUACUUUCAUCUUGUCCUAUUCAUGAAAAGCUGAAAUGGAUUACAACAGAUGAUGGUUUCCGAUUUUUAGCAGCACAGACUUGGAAUUACGGUCAGAUAGACGAUAGUGAAUUUACUUCGCAAAGUAAUACAUCUGAACCAAUUAAGUAUGCUGCCCGUGCUUACCGAGAAUAUCUCAUUGAACAAGGCUUGCGACUUUUGACUGGUACUACCGGUGAUUCGCAUGCAUCAGCUGUAGUGGAAAUCGCAAAAAACAUCAUGAGUUCUGCUAGUAUUAAUGGCAGCUUAUCAGACGAUGGAGAAAUGAAAUUUGCUCAAUGUGAGGAUAAAGUUGGACUUUGGUGGGGUGCUGUAAUAUGUGUAGCAGCAAGCUGGAGAUUAGGCGAAUAUGAUUUAGUAGCACAAAGUAUUGUUGAAGAAAAGUUUCCCUUUGGGAAAUUCUCCCAAUUAAAUGAUUCUCACAACGACAAUAAACCAUUACAACAUGCUGCGCGUUGCAUAAUUCAGGGAAUAAAAUCUCGUUCAAGUCAAUCUUUAUUCAAAUUUGUUGACCAAGCUGGAAAAUUACUUGAACAGUCUAUGGUUUACUAUCACUGCCAACAGAGAUCGUCUCAAAACUUCUUGCUGGCCCAAGUUUGGAUUUGUGAUUGGUUACUGGAAAUGAGAACAACGAUGUGGCAAGACCAUGCUAGUGAAUUCCGAAAUUUAACAAUAAGUCCAUCGCUUCCUUUAUUUCAGAGGGAUCUAUUAUGUCUCAAGCAACUUUAUCAGCGUGUUCCUGUCUUGUUCUCGAAAGUGGUUCUGUAUGAAGCAACAGCUCGUCUUAUGGCGGACGCUGCACCAGUAAGGACACAACAUCUACUGGAUCGCAGUGUGCACCAACGAUAUUCGCGAACAUCCAUAAUUUGCGGAAAAGAUAGAUCACAAGAGCAAGCUAGUGGCGAACGUGAACAUGCUGCAGCUUUAUGUUUAGCAUGUCGUCAUUUACCUACAUUAUUACUUGCUUCUCCCGGAGAGCGUGCAGGAAUGCUGAUAGAAGCUGCCAAAACGUUUGAAAGAGUGGGAGAUCGCAUCCGCCUUCGAAAUUGCUAUGAUUUAAUCCAACAAAUACGGCCAGUCCUUGCGGUUCAUUAAAGAAAUAUGUUCCAACACUUUCAUUCACUUAUUCAAAAUAUCUAUAUCAUCCUUAAUAUUUUUUUAGAUUAUAUUGUAAAUGAAAUUUACGUAUUUACAUUUUCAAAGCAUAUAAAAGGUAAAAGUAUUCAAUCUUUGACAUUAUUUUAAAUUGAGAAUUUAAAAAAAUGUCUUUUUUAUAAACGUUAAAUAUUUCUGAAAUUUGAUUAGUCGAUAUGACUCAUAAUUUGGUCGGUGGGAUACAGUUAAUUAAGUAAUAAAGAAAUGGUUUGGAGCAGUGAGAAA